AUGAGGAAUCCAGAAAUUGAAAUAGGAGAACAAUAAAUUAAAGUUAGCAUUGAGAUAGUUCCAAUCAUAAAUUUAAUAUUUCAAAAGAGAAGUGCAAUCAAUAUGAAAAGAUGAGGGAACUCCCACCAAAAGUAAUUCACUACUAAAACAAGGGUACUUAGAAAAAAUCACUAGAUUAGAGGUACUUUGUUGUCUCAAUAUUAGGAUGAAAAUAUCAAAUUACAAUAAUAAGAUAAUUUGAAACUGGCUCUAAUGAUUUGA